UGUAAUGUGUCCUGUUGCCAUUCGACGUCGAGAGUUCACAUGACCAGUUUGUAGCCAGUCAACAGUACGCCGGUAAUAAUAACGGGAAAGCGUGGGAACCCAAAAUCUGCAUAUGACUUCAACAAAUAUCGACAAAGCUCCGGUUUCCGACUUUGACGAUGUUGAACUAGAAACUCGGACAUCCGUGAACGAAGAUACAAGAACUGAACCGUUGAAAAUGAAGGCUGACGUGGCAGAGGGUUCCCGGCUCAAAUUGUUGGUGUGCUUUCUGGGGAUUUUCGUGAGUUAUUUCUUUUACGGGCUGGUGCAAGAAAAAGUUACUCGGGGUAAAUACGGCGAGGGCGCAGAAGCUGAAUAUUUUACAUAUACGUUAUCUUUGGUGUUUUCACAGUGUAUUAUUAAUGCACUCGUUGCAAAAGCAGUUAUUCAAUAUGUAAAGCCGUCUCCAGAUACAACUCUGAAUACUUAUUAUGCAGCUUGCUCAUUUACAUAUAUUGGUGCCAUGGUAGGCAGUAAUUGGGCUCUACGCUAUGUCAGUUAUCCUACACAGGUAUUAGGGAAGUCAUGUAAACCAAUACCAGUGAUGAUACUGGGUGUAAUAUUUGCCAGAAAACGUUAUAAUCUUGCCAAGUAUUUGUGCGUCUUAUUGAUCGUAAUAGGCAUCACGUUAUUCAUGUAUAAAGAUAACGUGUCUAGUAAAGACGAUGAUCAUACAUUUGGUAUGGGUGAAAUGCUCUUGAUACUAUCACUGACUCUGGAUGGUGCUACUGGGGCAAUACAGGAACGAAUGAGAAGUGAACAUAAGACUGCACCACAUCCAAUGAUGUUCAACAUGAAUCUAUGGUCUAUGUUGUAUUUGGCUGUAGGUAUUCUAUUAACUGGUGAAGCCAUUCCGUUUCUUGGCUUUGUUUCAAGACAUCCUGAUGUGAUUCCUCUAAUGGUAUUAUUUGGAUGUACAAGUGCCAUAGGACAAAUAUUCAUUUUUAUAACUGUAUCCGUUUAUGGGCCCCUUAUGUGUUCCAUUAUUACGACAACAAGAAAGUUCUUCACCAUUUUAGCGUCUGUUAUCAUCUUCGUCAACCCGUUAUUAGCCAGGCAGUGGCUUGGCGUCCUCAUGGUGUUUGCUGGACUUGGCGUCGACAGCGUUUACGGAAAAACACAAACCAAGCCGAAGCCGAAGUCUAAAGAGCAUUCGGAAAAUGUUUAAAAUGAAGACAAGCAAAGUGCACCAGUAAUGCUGCUGUGGACGAGUGGCAAAUAAUUCUAAGUUCCAAAUAUGAUUGAGUUGCAGGAGGCCAUUUUGAUUUAACAUAGUGUUGACGUGAAACACAACUUCAGGGCUUGUACAUAAAGUGAUGUUUCAAGUCGGACUAAUCAGAGAGCGGCUUAUUUGUUGACUGUGUUUUUUCAAUGUAUCAUAUUCUACUUUUUAUAUAUGCUUUGACUCGUCUGCAAUUUUAGAUACACUUCUCUGAUUUAUUGAGUCAGCCGUUGGUAACUGACUGGUGCAUUCUGGGAGAAUGCUCCCAGAAUGCUCAAUGAUGUCUGAAUAUGGCGAGACGAUUUUCAAUCCACGCAUGCUAAUUUGCAUAUUGUUAAAUGAUGACAUGUAUAAACAAAUUUUGAAAAUGCCCUGUUCGACAUGACAUUGAAAAUAACUGGCUUCUGGGCUGUGCAAUCAGCCUAUCGAUGUUGCUC